ACUACCUGUUGCAGCAUGCGAGCGACUGCCUUCACUAUGAGACACGGAUCGCUACAGAGCUCCUAACAUCCCUACUCACUACGUACAAAGUACUCUGUGUACUGUACUCAGAAACUCUCUCCAUACACAUUGCCGAAGUCGCUCGUCGGAGUAUUCAUUCAUACCUUACACUAGUACUUUCGUGGCAAGUGCUCCUUUUCACUACCAUCAGUUUCUCAUAUUCGCUGUUAUUCUAUCCCCUCAUAGCGAUAUUGGUUGUUUAAAGACAGUUAGUACUCUAUUAAUCUCCGCCCUCAUAAUGCUCCAGGACAUUGGGGGCCCUGUGCCACCCAAUACCGACCAUGCAGUCAGUGUGUCGCUACCAACAUGGAAAGCAAACGUUGGCUAUGAAGAAGGAGAAACGUGGGUUGUGAGUAAGAUGCAGUGCGGCUAUCCCCGAUUCUUUAUACAUCCAACCAUUCAAGAACUUGCGAAGGAGGUUUUGCAGCGCUACGGAAAUCCCGUCACAGAAUCCGCCAUGCUCUUCCCUUCCCCUAAAACUGCACAGAUUUGUCAUUCAUUCAUCCUGUUAAGAAUAUCCGCGGACGACUCGCAUAAAGUGCGUGUUGUAGAUUUUAUCCCUUAUUCUCGUACAGAAACCGAGUCAGUAAACGUCACUUCGCUUUUGUCGUGCGUGAUAUACCCAAAAGAAUUCGGGCCUGUUGCUAAGCAGGUAUGGCAACAUACAGGCAAUGGUCUAUCAAGCCGUCGCGGUGAAUUCUGUCACAGCGCAUUGAGGGACGGUUUCCUUGUGGAAAAGAGAUCUACUACGAUAGAUACGGUAGCCCAGCGAAUACGCAAAGGUCCGCGAAGGUACCAAGGAAAGGACUCGGUAAAUGGUGCCUUUCGGACAGGUGGAACACCUACCUCGGCAGCAGACUCGUCCCUUCGUCUACAGGAUGGACGAGAAUAUAUCCAGUUUAUUGAAGAGCGUUUUGGUCGGAAUUUGAGUACUUCCCUAGCGGAUCAAGCAAAAGCGGCUGUGCGCAGACGUAUAGCCGGCGUCCUUAAAGCCGAUGUGGAGUUGAGUGAAGCUCUCGAAAAGGCAUCUGGGGAAGGAAGGGUAGCAGGGCUGACAGAGUCUGAUGUGUUCCUUUUUCCCACUGGUAUGAGCUCAAUUUUUAACUCCCACCAGAUGUUGAUGGCUGCCAGAGGUGCCAUGAAAAGCAUUUGUUUUGGUUUUCCUUAUAUUGACACGCUGAAAACUCUCGAGAAAUGGGGCCCUGGCUGUUUAUUCUACGGAAACGGCUCGUCUGUGGAUCUGGACGAUUUAGAGACGCGAUUGGACAGUGGGGAAAGAUUCCUUGCUAUCUUCACCGAGUUCCCUGGCAAUCCGUUGCUUAAAUCUCCAGACCUCAAGCGUAUCCGUUUACUCGCGGAUAAAUACGAUUUCGCGGUGGUAGUGGACGAGACAGUGGGAAAUUUUCUCAAUAUCAAUGUGCUGCCAUAUGCCGAUAUUGUAGUCAGCAGUCUAACAAAGAUAUUUAGUGGGGAUAGUAAUGUCAUGGGGGGUAGUGCUGUGCUGAAUCCACAUGGACGCUAUUAUUCAUCUCUCAGUCAUACGUUUACCCGCGAGUAUGAAGAUAACCUCUGGGCUGAAGAUGCCAUUUUCCUAGAAAGGAAUAGCCGCGAUUUUGUCUCAAGAAUUGAGCAGAUCAAUAGCACCACCGAAGAAAUCACAGCAAUGUUGAAGGACUCUCCACUUGUGAAAAAUGUAUAUUAUCCAAAGUAUAACCCAUCGAGACCUUUAUAUGAUACCUUUCGCCAUCCCCACGGAGGCUAUGGUGGUCUAUUCUCUGUUACAUUCUAUUCAACAACUGAGGCCGUUGCCUUUUUUGAUCACUUGGAGGUUCUCAAAGGGCCAAGUCUGGGUACCAACUUUACCUUGAGUUGUCCAUAUACACUAUUGGCCCAUUACAGUGAGCUGGGAUGGGCAAGCUCCUUUGGCGUAGAAUUCGACCUAGUGAGGAUAAGCGUUGGAUUGGAGGAUGUGCCCGAUCUCCGUUGUCGGCUUCAACGUGCAUUGGACGCAGUAGCAAAGGUCAAGGCGUAGGGCGGAGUAGGGCGCAGUCGGGAAGUUCUCGCCUUCAAGAAUUUUUCCGAGAUACUUUUGAAGUUAAUUUUACGGUGAUGUACAGUAUGCAUAACAGCAACAACAUCCAACUGAAUGGAAUAAGAGCAAUUUGGAG